GUCGCACCACCUGCCUUGCAUUAUUAGCAUUGGUAGCCAAUUGCAGUCACAAUGUAUUAAUACAUUCGUGGUUCUAUGUUUGGAUAUGCUUUGAAUGAAAACUACUACACAACACCAACAAGAACCUGCUCAGAGCCUGCUAACUGCAAACAGGUGGCAAAGAGGGCAGAGCAAUCCAGACUCCUGACCCCUUAACCCUCCACACCCACCACCCACCUUCCACACCGGGUCAUGCUGCCAAGAGGAGGUCUGACUGGGCUUCAAAUAGACCACAUAGCGUCAUUGUAGACAACACCAGUGAUUGGUCGGGUUCAUCAGCCAGUUUUCACGAUGACAUCAGCAUUUAAUUACUGGAGUGUGAAUGGUGAAGCAAGUAGAAGUUGUAGUCCAUCCAUCAGCACCCUCUUCCUCAUGACCAUUGGCACGUUGCACCUAAUUGCACAAUUACCUCCCAAAACGGCUGAAGACAAAUGCAAAAUCUUUGACUUUCCCAUGCGGAGGAACGGACGACGUGUCCGGCCGAGAUGGUGUGCGUGCGCCCCGGUGGCGGAGCGGCAGCUGCGCUCCCCUCCUCCGCAAUCGCACCCUGUUAGAACAUCAUCUCUGCAUGAAAGAGAGAAGAUGAGUCCACCCAGUCGUCUCCUCCGUCUCCGGUUCACAGUGGAUGCGGAGCUGAAGGAAGCAGCGUCCGCUCUCUCUCGUGCGCGCCUUUACUCUCACUGUUUGGAUGUGUGGUCGAGGUUAACCAUGUGUGGGGUGUGCAUGGAGUGGGCGGCUUCUUCUCCUCUUCUCCUGCUGCACCACAAAGACACAUGCUUUCACGGUUGGUCGGCGCUUAAGGGUCACGUUCGGCGACCAUUUUCUGACGUUCCGACCGGUGCCCACCGGUGCGUGAGCAGACGACAAGGCAGGAUUUCGGUCAUCAAGGCCCUUUUGUUCCACGCACAACCCCCAACUCACGCAAGCACACUCAGUGGGGAACAGCGGCAUUUGGCCCCCGCUGACCCAUCAGACAAGCUGGUGCCUUGCUCGGACUGGCUUCACGGCUUUGACCUUAUCAGCUGAAUGUGGGCCUGUGGCCUGGCUGUGGGCUAUCCUCUGGACACUGUCAAGGUCAGAAUCCAAACCCAAAGACAGUUCACUGGAGUAUGGCAGUGUAUCGCCUCCACAUUUUCCAAAGAAGGGGUGCACGGCUUCUUCAAGGGCAUGUCACUGCCAAUGGCAACGAUGUCCGUCACGUCUUCAGUGGCAUUCGGGACCUACAGGAACUGUCUUUACUGUCUAAAGCAGGCGCGAGGAGCACCCUAUGGCCCCAGCACCAAGCCGGAAAUCUUCCUGUCAGGAAUGGUAGGCGGAAUAAUGCAGAUGCUGUUUAUAGCACCCGGUGACAUCAUCAAAGUGCGCCUUCAGUGUCAGACAGAGUCCGUGCGGCGAGGGAGCAAGCCCAAGUACCGUGGGCCAGCCCACUGUCUCCUGAGCAUCCUCAAGGAGGAGGGCUUACGGGGGCUGUACCGGGGGGCCUUGCCGCUGGCGCUGAGGGAUGGCCCCGGGUUCGCCAUCUAUUUUUUGAGCUACAACACCAUUUGUGAAAUGCUGACAGGGAACGGGAAAGAUAAACCAGCCUGGAGCGCUGUGAUGCUGGCCGGAGGCUUUGCUGGCACAUUGGCGUGGUCCUUCAGCACGCCGAUGGACGUGAUCAAGGCCCGCAUGCAGAUGGACGGCGUCCGUGGUACGCGGCAUUACAGCGGGCUGGUGCACUGCAUUACAGAGACGGCGCGGACUGAGGGCGUGGCCGUCUUCUACCGGAGCAUGGGCAUUAACUGCCUGCGUGCCUUCCCGGUCAAUGUGGUGGUGUUUGUCACCUACGAGCUUCUGACUGGCCUCUUGCAGGCCACGCCGGACCAUACCGAUCCCCCUCGGGUGGGCUUGGAGUAAGAACGCACAUCCAGUUGACUCAGACAUUUGGAUUUAGAACAUAACUACAAUGAGUUGUCCCCAAAUACCUCAGAAAUACUUCUUUUAGAGAAUAGUUGAAAGUCAGUAAAUUGUUGAUCACUAAUUUAUCAGUAGUUGGAUGUCCAGUCCAUUUGAAUUUAGAAGGUGGCACCGCUGACAAUCCUCCCACCGAAAAUGGAUUGGACGUCUGGCAUCGUCCGUGGCAGCCAAAUGAGUUCAACAAAGGUUUUAUCACAUAAAUUAAGAAAAAAAAUAUACAUUACAUACAAUUUAUUCUGGAAUAUUACACAUUUUAUUUUACAAAAUACAACUUCAGUCCCAUCCCAAAAAUAAACUAAAUAUUGUAUUGGGGGAAAAAAGGAACAAAGUCUGUAUGUUUAUAAUAAUAAAACCCCUUUAAACCCCUUUUAAAAAAGAAGAAACUAUUUAUGCAGGAUAGCCAGAUUAAUGAGAUACAGUAUGUCAUAUCAAUGUAGCUUUGAAUUAGUUCAGAACUAUAAAGUAGGCAGAGGCUUUUGUGGCUGUACUGUACAGUCAUAAAAAUAACCACCCUUGUUUAGAGGCUGUUUUCAAGAAAUUAUAGUUUAAAAAAACUAAGAUAUAUAUAUAUAUAUAUAUAUAUAUAUAUAUAUAUAUAUAUAUAUAUAUAUAUAUAUAUGUAUAUUUUUAUUUUUUAUUUUUAUUUUUUUUUUUAGGUGUGCAACCACACUAAGAAUUUGGCUCUCUUCUGUUCACCUGCCACUUUUAAACAGUUAAUCCCAAUUUUUUGCAAGCACUUGCUGAAUAUUUCAUGUGAAAACCCCGUCUUGUUCAUAUUUGGCUGAGGGGAUAACGUUGCAAGACCUUAUCUUGCAAUCAAAAACACUUGAAAUCUCCCGAACAUGGGAAAAUGUGCUAUUGUCUGACGGAACCUAGUCUCGUUUUUAACUUGGAUAACGUGUUGUAUUAUUUUACAGUCAAAUGUGACUACGUCACGGAAGCUCAGGUAGAAUUCAUGAUGGAAAUAGCCAUCUGUGGCCUCUAGGUGGCGCGUCUGGCCAGUCAAUUGGGGCUCAAGGCAGAUAAGAACUGCAGUAAGGAGAGGAGGAGCUGCAACAGUGCACAUUACCAUGCACAUUUCUGUUAUUUAUGUUUUUUGUUGAUAAACUGUACUUUUAAUGGAAUUGUUUUGAAUGGCUUUACAUUUAUCAAAGCGGGUUGUCACCCAAUAUUUAUGUUUUUGCUUUUAUCAUUACAGGAUUCAUUAAUAAUUUAUGUCCAUGCACGUGCCUUGAAUACGAGUACAAUAAAUGUUUAAGUCUGAUGUUUUUUUUCUUUUUUUCC